AACAAAUUCUAAAGAUGAGAUGUGAAUUGCUGGCUAGCUUCCUUCUGCUUUUCAGCAUUUCCAGCAAAGGCGCAGUCUCCGCGGACAGCAGUAUCAUCUGGGGUGCCUUGGGUCACGAUAUCAACUUGACCAUCCCUAAUAUCCAAGUGACUGGUGUUGAUGAAGUACGAUGGGAGAAGGGGGGAAAUCUGGUUGCACAGUUUAAAAGGAAGACGAAACCUUUUUCAAAAUCAGAAGCCUUUGAGAUCUUAACAGAUGGGAGCCUGCAAAUAAAAAACCUGACGAGAGAUGACCACGGUACCUAUGGUGUGAUGGUGUAUGGUGUGGAUGGGAGUAGUAAGCUGCAAAAAGCAUUCACCUUGAGGAUUCUGGAGAGGGUCUCAAAGCCAGCCAUCUCCUGGCAGUGUAGCAAUACAACCCUGACCUGUGAGGUCAAAGAAGGAACGGACCUUGAACUAAAGCUGUAUCGAGGGAAGAAACUUCUCACCAGUGGACGUCAGAAGAUCAUAGGUCACAAAUGGACCUCCCUGAGUGGGCCAUUCAAGUGCAGUGCAAAAAACAAGGUCAGCGAGGAAUCCAUCACAGCUUCGGUCAGCUGUUCAGAGAAAGGUCUGCAUUUCUAUCUCAUCGUGGGGGCUGGCGCAGGAGGCCUUCUCUUGGUGCUCCUUGGAGCACUGUCUAUUUUCUGUAUCUGCAAGAGGAAAAAGCAGAACAGGAGAAGAAAAGAAGAAGAGCUGGAGAUAAAAGCCCCCCGAAUGAGCACCGUGGAAAGGGGGCCGAAGCUGCACUCAACCCCAGCCGCAGCAUCUCAGAAUCCAGUGGCUUCCCAAGCUCCUCCUCCUCCUGGCCAUCAUCUCCAGACACCUGGCCAUCGUCCCUUGCCUCCAAGCCACCGUACCCGUGAGCACCAGCAGAAGAAGAGACCUCCUCCAUCAGGCACACAGGCUCACCAACAGAAAGGCCCUCCCUUGCCCAGACCUCGGGUUCAACCAAAACCUCCCUGUAGGGGUGGAGAAGAUGCUCCAUUGCCGCCCCCUAAUUAA